CGUUCGUACCCUGACUGGUACUUUCUUGGCACUCGGAGCACGAAAUGUUUUGUGGCUUCAUUAUUUUUGACAAAUAAAACCUAUUUAUUCAAUUAUUGCGUGUGGAAAACUGGUGAAAUUCGGCAGGAUUAAAUUCCUCUUCAGUGCCGAAAUAAUUCAACAAAUUUCAUGUGUUUAAGUAUGUGUACACCUUCACUACUCGAUCUUCCUUGGGAGGAUGUAAUUUAUCGUCAUAUCCUUAUCCACCUGGAAUGGAAGGCACUUUUCAGACUGAGACAAGUCAGUAAAGAAUGCAAGAACUUAGUAGAAGACUAUUUUUCUGUUAUUCGCGUACUGGACUUCAGUACCGAUAAUGCGAUCAUUGCCUCAAAAAUAAAUGCUGAGAUAUUUAGUCUAUUUGCUGAUAAAUGUCAUUCUGUGAGGACACUGCUGCUGCCAGAUUCAGGAGAUUGGUUGACAGACGUUAUUCUUGUGCCAUUUUUAGAGUCAAACCCUCACUUAAAACAUCUUGACUUAACUGAGUGCUCAAGUGUCGGCAAUGGAAGUAUGCAUGCUGUGUCAUUGUACUCGCACAAACUUAAGAAACUUGUGCUCAAGGAUUGCCAUUGGCUAAAUGGUGCGGCUUUGAGUGGAAUUGCCAUGAGUUGCAUGGAGAUGGAGUAUGUUGAUCUGACUGGCUGCUGGACGGUCAAUGAUGAGGCGUUGGUGGCACUUCUUAUUCACUGUAAAAAGAUAAAGUGCCUCUCCAUUGGCAACAUCUAUGGUAUCACAGAUAAUUCAGCGCGAUACCUCUCCAUGUGCGGACAGCUUACUCAUUUAAACAUUAGGGGGUGUUGGAGAAUAGGGAAUGAAACAAUUAGACUUAUUGCCAAAUAUUGUGGCAAACUUGAAUCUGUCCAACUGCGGGAGUGUACAGGGAUUAAUGAGGCAAGUAUACAACGUCUUCGGGCUAGGAACAUGAAGAUAGAUGUCCCUGCUAUUUUCGUGAGACGACGGUAGCAGGUUGGAAUUGAGUGACUGAUGUUUGAACUGUUCAAGCAAGCUGUGAUUGUGACUCUCAAGUCAUCAUGAUGAACAAGGAUACAAAGCUAUUUUGAUUUCCACUUAAGAUUCUCUUUACCAAAAACAAAUUGGUGUAUGUGACAGACUUCCUUCUAUCGACAUGCCAAAAAGAUCUACAGUGAGUGGUCAACUCAGCACUAUAGCUUUGUAUGUUUGUCCGCUGUGGUCAUGGAAAGAAAUGCGAUUGGAAAGCAUAAUCAAAUUGGGUAUGUCUGUAAGUGGGUUCGAUUAUUGUACUCGUGAUAUAUGUAGGUUUGUCAAAUUGUGUUCAAGAUUUUAUUUGCAAUAAAAGAUGUAUUACAAUG